CAUUCUGAAAAAAUGUGACAGCCAUCUGUUAUGUUAACCCUUCCACAACUGUCACAGUGGUAAAUCUUAAUGAAUAAGCGAAGACGGUCCGAAAAAACUUUGCAAGCGGCCCUACACAAUGUUGCACCCUUCUCCAAAAUAUCUGCACACGGCUCUUGCAAUGAAACAAAUUGCCAUAUGUACAUAACGUCACAGGUUUUCUGUGAAGAAGUGAUUGGAUCUGACAAUGCAAGGACAGACAGACCCUGCCCCCUCCACUCGCACAGGCUGGCUGAGGACUGUCCUGGGACAGAGGAGCUGCAAACGGGUCCUGGACACAGCCUGUGGGGAUGGGGGAGACUCCCUAGCCCUAGUACAGCAGGGUCUGGAGGUGGUCAGCUGUGACAGCAGCGAUGCCAGCCUGAGGAAGGUCAUGACCUUGAGAUGGAAGAAAAGGACACAGCGUGGAUUUGACACAUGGGUCAUAGCGAAGGCCAGUCCAUCAACCCUGGAGCAUGACCUGGGACAGGACGGAGUGGUGAUUGGUGCAGGAUUUGACGCUGUUCUGUGUUUGAACGACGCCUUCGCUACGUUACGUGAGGAGGACAUGAGGUCAGCCAUCUCCAACAUGGCCGUCCUGCUGAAGAAGGGAGGGGUCAUGGUGAUUGACCAGUUGGAGGGAGACACACAGGAAACUGGUCAGCUUGCAAAUGAUACCAACAAGACAGUUAAACCACGGUCAUCGUCCUCGAGGCCGUUGACCCUGAAGGCUUUUGAGAAGCUUCUGAAGACCAGUUUUGUUGGAGGGUACACCCACACCCUGUACGCCCAGCACAGGUCAGCUGAACAGGAGGGACAGCCUGUCAAGUUCUACCAUGUCAUCGAUAAGAUUUAGUCAAAUGUCUGUAUGUCAGCCCAUCCCUAGAAUGUACUGUGACUGUGUGAAUCCUGUAAUGUAACUGUUAUGGAGGGUACACCCACACUCUGUACGCCCAGCACAAGUCUGCUGAACAGGAGGGACAGCCUUUCAAGUUCUACCAUGUCAUCGACAAGAUUUAGUACAAUGUCGGUAGGUCAGCCCAUCCCUAGAAUGUACUGUGACUGCGUGAAUCCUGUAAUGUAACUGUUAUGGAGGGUACACCCACACCCUGUACGCCCAGCACAGGUCAGCUGAACAGGAGGGUCAGCCUUUCAAGUUCUACCACGUCAUCGAUAAGAUUUAGUCAAAUGUCUGUAUGUCAGCCCAUCCCUAGAAUGUACUGUGACUGCGUGAAUCCUGUAAUGUAACUGUGUUGGAGGGUACACUCACACCCUGUACGCCCAGCACAAGUCAGCUGAACAGGAGGGACAGCCUUUCAAGUUCUACCAUGUCAUCGAUAAGAUUUAGUAUAAUGUCUGUAUGUCAGGCAUUGCUAGAAUGUACAUGACUGCAU